AGUUUAAUUGCGGCUAACGCAGUGUUAGGAGCCACAAAAAUGGGACACAUGCAGGACAGGAUUAAGGACUUGAUCACCGCUGAGCGCGUGGCUAUAUUCUUUGGUCUAUUAUCGACCUGCUUGAUCGUUGCCCUUGUCAUUGUGGCCGUCCACAGGGAUAAUUUAUUGCUGCAGUUGGACGAAGCCAAAAGGAUGUUGGAUGUUCUGGAGGAAUACAUUCAAAGCCACUUGUUGUCCACCAUUUCGGAAAGAAAUUCAUAAGAAUUAGGGUGCUGGCAAACAUUCAAAAAGAUGGCUUUCAAAUCCAUAUCUAUUUCCAAAAAUGGUUAAAGCAAUAAAGCAAUAAAGGCAAACGGAUAAGAAACC